GGUGGCACAGUUGGAGGGCAACCUGGUGCAGGACAAGGUCUUUCCAGUCAACCUGAUCAGCCAGAUCAGUCUCGGGGGCCAAGUUCUUCGGUUCCUCAAGAGUCGAGCUCCAAUGGACGUGGAGGUCAACAUCCUGCGGACAGAACUUCUCAAGAGGGAAGCCAAAGAGGAGGUUUUGCGGGGACUGGAGGUGGUGGUCGUCAUGGAGGUGGCCAUCAUGGUCUUGGAGGGCACGAUCGUGGUCUCUCGUCAGUGGGUGCACUGGGGAGUGGUCUGGGUGGCAGCUGUUCAGGCAGUUUCCCUCAUGGUGGAGGAGUGGAGGAAGACCAG